AUGUCAACAAAAUUAUCAAAUAAACUAUCAUCAUCAAGUAUUUUAAUAAGAAGUGAUUCAUCAUCAUCAUCAUCAAUAAAUGAAUCUGGUCAACAAGCUGGUAAUAAACGUGUUGUUAAAUCAUGUUUCUGGUCUACGUUUAUAUUUUCAAUAAAUUUUGUCUCAUCAAUUCUUGUUAUUAAUUUAGCUAAAUGGAUUUAUGUUAAACAUCAUUUUCCUAAUUUAACAUUAACAACACUAAAUUUUUUUGUUACUUUUUUUCUUUUAAUUGGUUGUAUGCAAGCCAAAAUCUUUACUUAUGUUAAAUUACCAAUUUUUAAUAUGAUUCCUGUAUCAAUAUGUUUUGGUGGUUUUAUUGCAUUCAGUAAUCUUUCACUUCAAUAUAACACUGUGGGUACAUAUCAACUUAUUAAAUUGCAAGUAACACCAGCUGUGAUGAUAAUCAGUUGGUUAUUUUUUAAAGCAGAAUAUUCAUUACCAAUUGUCAUGUCAUUUAUUCCGGUUUUUGUUGGAACAUUAGUUAGUACUUAUUAUGAUUUACAAUUUAAUGUAUUUGGUCUUUUUUGUGCUGCGACAUCUGUAGUAUUUACUGCUAUGUAUCAAAUACUUGUUGAAUAUUAUCAGAAAGCAUAUAAUUGCGAUUCAUUACAGUUAUUAUUUUAUCAAGCUCCACUUUCUGGUUUAUUACUUUUAUUUUUUGUACCAUUUUUUGAACCGAUAUCUGAUUUAGAUAAAUUUAUGACAUAUGAUAUUAUUUUUUUAGUAUUACUUUGUGGUAUUGUUGCAUUUUUUGUUAACUUUAGUAUUUUUUGGGUUAUUGGAAAUUUAUCAGCUGUUGCAUAUAAUAUGAUUGGACAUUCAAAAACAUUAUUAAUUAUAUUUAUUGGUUCAUUUAUAUUUCAUGAACCACUUAAUAUACGACAAAUAUUUGGUUUAUGUUUUACAAUGUUCGGAGUUUUUCUUUAUUCAUAUUUUAAAUAUAUUAGAAAAGCUAAUAAAUAA